CCUUGCCUUCAUCGGUGAAUGGUUCAGGAAAGAGACGGAAACAGUUCAGCAACUGUUUAUCAUUUUUUACCCCCACGAAAAGGCGAUAGAAAUGCACGACAGGAAAACCAGGAAAGUAUUUCUCCAGAAAACGAAAAUUGAAGAUCUAACGGAAAAAGACUUCUUCAUAGGAGCGAAAAUUCUGAUCUUCGGCAAGCAAAUCGAAAUAAUCGACUACGGUGACCACAAUACGAAGCUCAAAUAUGGAACCGAACAACGCACCUUUGCAAUGGUCUUCUCGGAAUCAUUUCCGCACAUUGGGGAAAUUUUGCAGGCCAUCAGUAAAAAUGACCUCACCAUUCGCCAGUUGAAGAUGUUGAAAAUUGACGACAGCUAUUCGUGGGUGCUGAAAAAUUUCCGUUCCGAACGGUCCGAGCUGGUUCACUUCGUGGACAGCAUUCCGUCUCAGUCGUUCGUGGCCAUGGAACUGACGGGCAGUAAUUCGUACACGCGAUUUAAGCAGCUCUGUGGACCGAAUACCAGCAAGGAACCGGGCAGUCACGCCCACACCUCGCUGAGGGCUCUGUACGGAAGUGGCAUUUACUGCCCCAGCAGUGCCAGUGCAUCGCAUCUGGAGUCCCAGUUUGUCUUCAGCCACAACGACGUUAGACUUUGCCUGAGAUCGUCGGUUCUCCUCCAAAAUAGCACGCUGUGCAUCAUCAAGCCACACGCGGUGCGGAACGGACAAACGGGGGAAGUUUUAUCGCAGAUUCUCAAGAAGGGCUUCAUCAUUUCGGCCAUGAAAAUGUUCCGCUUUGAACGGGCAAACUGCGAAGAGUUCCUAAACGUCUACAAGGGAGUUGUUCCGGAAUAUGAGUCCAUGGUGAUGCAAAUGAUCAGCGGAGAUUGCCUGGCCCUGGAGAUAACUACCAAAUUCGAAAACGGUCCCGACACCCAGAGAAGCUUCCGCGAUUUUUGUGGCCCUUCUUGUCCGGAAACGGCCCGGCUAACGAGACCGCAGACAUUGAGGGCACAAUUUGGGCAGAACAAAAUCCUGAAUGCGAUCUACUGCACCGAUCUGGAGGAGGACAUACAGCUGGAGCUGGAAUAUAUUUUUAAAUUCCUGCCGUAAAUAG